AUGCCAGCUCUUAAAUUUGAAAAGCUUCUUUGCGGCCCUUCGGUCGACUUGCUUAAAAGGGACUUCGUCCAUGAAAACAAUUGGGAAGUCGAACACACCGACUCUGCCAAAGGAAGCAACUUCACAAACAACCUUUACCUACACCGUAAUGGACAUAUGGUUGGAUCGACAUGCAUCAAGGCGGAUGUUGGCCCUGUAAACGCAGAACUUAAAAUGCAGAACAAUGGAGACCAUUACAUAGAUAUGUCUGUUGUGAAUCCUCACUACCCAGCAAUGAAAGUUUUGUCCAAGUACGCCUUUAAUGUCACCAAAGGUACAAACACCUAUGAAGUAGCCGCAGAACACGUACACCCUAUGAACACGUCCCAGAUUAAAAUUCUACCCUUCGCACGCAACUACUCAGCCUUCUCCCUCUUCAACUACAAGAGGGAAUGCUGCCAGGUCUUCUGUGGUACUGAGGUCUUUGGUAACCAUGGUUCCGUCUUCUCCAACUACGCACUCGGUCUAGGUUACAAGAGGGAGAAGGAUGGCAGGUCAUACCUCGUUUCUGCCAGACUUUUCGGUGACAAGGUUGAUCUUGCUAAAUCUCUAGUUGGCAAUCUAUACGCUGGUGCCGCCCACGGUUGCGCUCAGAACGCUAUGUCAGUAGCACUUGAGCAUGAAUUUAAAACUGCCCAAACAAAACUUGCUUUCGGUGGAUUAUGGCACCUUACCGUUCCUGACCACCCAACUCCGUCAUAUGUGAAGGGUAAAUGCGACACCGAUGGACAAAUUGCCCUUACCCUCUUCCAAAGGUUCAACAAGAACCUUGCAGCAGCCAUUGGCGUAGAGUUCAACGGAAAGGAGUCGGUAAACCCAGCCGCCGCAAGAUACGGCUUCAAGCUAUUUCUUUCUUGA